CCGCCUUAAUGUCGCGAUCCUUCGUCUGCCGUCGAACGAACCACAAUCCUGCAGUCCUACCCGCGUCGAGUGUUCGUCUCGUCUACUUCUCGAGUCCACCUCUCACUCAAUGCGCCUCUGUCUCCCUUCCCACCCAACACCGAUCAACACACUCGUACUCGAAUAACCACGGGUAAUCGUAGUCGCCCAUUAUGCCCGACAAUGACCCCGACUCCCCCGUCCUGCGCAAGGAACACCCAACCGACAAGUUCGGUCCCAAGCUAGUUAAUGAGGCGGACAAACUGCAACAGAAAUACACCGGACGCGCAGGCACAGGCACAUCCGAAAAGAAAGGGCCAGCAGGAGGCUACGACGACACACCAGUCCCCCACGCGCCGCCUGGGUACACCUUGAAAAUCACAUUCCACAAAGCCGAGAACCUGCCUUUCGCCGACCUCGGCACCCUCUCCUCAGACCCGUACAUCCUGGCGAUCCUGAAAUCCGACCUUCCCAAGCGGCAUAAACAAGAUCCCGACUUGUCUCUGCGGACGCCUACGAUCCAUCGCAGCACGAGUCCCGAAUGGAACACAGACUGGAUCGUAGCCAACGUGCCCAAGUCCGGUUUCUACCUGAAAUGCCGCCUGUACGACGAAGAUCCGAGCGACCACGACGACCGCCUCGGCAAUGUGCACAUCAACAUCUCCAACAUCGAUGACAACUGGGAAGGCUUUUCGCGCCAGAGCUUCGAAUUGAAAAAGCGCAUGGGAAGUAAACGCGCGUACACGUUCCGUGGGUGCGCGGCCCUAUUCUCGCGCAACAUCAAAAUGGACGGGCAUCUAGUUGUAAGUGUUGAGAACCUCGGCCGUACGAAAGAUGAGAGCGGUGGAAGGAUGUACACUGUCGGCCCGCUCGCGUGGAGUAGGCAUUUUUCGCCGCUUAUCGGGCGUUUAGCGGGCACGAAAAAUACAGAGAGAAGCAAGGACGGCAAGGAGACGCAGAAAUAUAAUUUCCAAGCCAUCCAAAUGCAACUCCGCGGCCCUGUCCCUGCGGACUUGUACCACCGAUACGUUGAAUUUAAGCCCUUCGUCGCUGGGAUGUUCACGUCGCAUUCCAUGCGUGGGAGGUUGCUCAAUCGCGCGCUGCAUCAUCAGCACGCCAGGAUCUACAACUACGACCGGACCACCAAGUACGGGACUUUUCCGGAACCGAACCUCGACAUGACCAAGCUCUUCCUCGACCUUGUACAUUACGACGAAGGCGGGCGGAUUUUCACGUACGUGCUCACAUUGGACGGACACUUGCGGUUUACGGAGACGGGCAAAGAAUUUGGCAUCGACCUACUGAGUAAGCACACCAUGCACAGCGACGUGAGUAUCUACAUCGCGUGCAGUGGAGAGUUUUUCAUCCGGAAGGUCCGGCAUGCAAAGAUGCAUCAGGAUGAGAAGUCGGUGGAUCCGCUCGAAGGGACACAUAAGCCUGCGCCGGAGUCUGGCGCAGAGGAGGAGGAGCGAGAGAAUGCUGAGGUACAGCAGAUGAGUAUCGAUACAGGGGGCGACGACGAGCAGGACGACGAGCAGGACGACGAGCAGGACGACGAGCAGGACGACGAGAAGGACAACAAGAACGAGAAGUCCGACCCCAAGUGUCCGGUGCAUUCAGCGGUGCGAAACCACAAAGAUGGCAAGGAUAAGGACAAGGACCAAGAAGUAGAGGUAGAAGGAGUGGGUGCCGGAUCCAGCACAAGCAAAGACACCGACCCGAGUCACUACGAAUUGAUCAUCGACAACGACAGCGGGACGUACCGGCCCAACGCUGAGAAGCUGCCCAUGUUGCGGGAUUUUCUCGCGAUGAAUUUCCCGGGCCUCAAGGUCGUGACCCUCGAUUGCCAGGGUGACGAGGAACGUAUGAACAAGUUGAAAGGUGAGCAGAGAGGACGCAAGAAGAAGAGCGCGGGACAGGUCAUGUUCCUGCAGAAUUCGAGUAUGAGCAGCAUAAGUAGUAGUGAUGAGGAAUAUCUGGAUGCGAGGGCGGCAGGGCACGAUCCGAAAGAGAGCAGGUAUAAGCGGGAGUACCACAAGUUUCUGGAUGGAGGGACGGAUCAACAUCAUGGCGACCGGACAGGGCCCGAUACGUCAGAUGGACAGGUUGGUGGAAUAGGCGAGAAGGAGAAUGGCGAGGUGCAUGGAAUGGGAAACGGGCCUGUGGGUGCGAAUGCGUCGAGUCAACACCUGCAGAGCGAGAAGCAGCAGUGAUGCUUGCUUUCUUCCUUUCUAACUAAAGUGUUUUGGAGUAUCAAGGAGCCUUGCUUGCGUGCGAAGCAGCGCUUUUGCUGAAGGUGGUUCUGGCUACCUUAGGUUUGGACUCUGGAGGACGUCGGCGACUGGGUACCCGCCCGGUUGGAAUGGGACGACUGCUUGCCGAACGACGGCUGAGGACUUUACGAUGUCUGUCUGAUGGAUUUUUCUGCUCAAAGUGGUGGUUUGAUCGUGGUUGUUGUGUCGAGGAGCCUGGAGCCUGGUGCGAGGCCGCUCGGAGAGGAGGAAUGAUGCUUUCUGGGCUUGCCUUACUCGCCUGCUGGUCGAGCAGAGCCAGUCUUGUCCGAUGUCAUGCACUGCUACUGCUUUUGUUUUGUUUGUGCGAUACCCUAUAUACAUUGCCUUACUAAUUUGGAGGCCACGAGGCUUGUGUUCCUGUCUAGUAUAGCAUGUUGGGUGCCAUACCGUUGGAAUUGAAAUGGAUCUAUAUUCUGUCUGA